CCGACGCCUUCCAAUAAUGUCUAGUCUCAAGACCACUACGCUCACCGACGCCUACGGACCCUCAGGUCUGCGGGGUGUGGCCCAUGCCGGAAAUCUCUAUGUCGUGCUAUGCGUCUGCUUCGCCGCCAUGGGGGGCCUGCUCUUUGGCUAUGAUCAAGGCGUCAUAUCGGUCACCCUCGUCAUGGACCAGUUCCUCUCCCGCUUCCCCCGCAUAGACGAGAACGCAAGUAGCAGCGCGUCGUUCUUCAAGGGACUCAUGACUGCUAUGAUCGAACUAGGGGCCAUGAUCGGCGCCGCAGUCUCUGGCUACACUAGUGAUAAGUUUAGCAGGAAAUACGCCAUUGUUAUUGGCGUCUGCUGGUUCAUUGUUGGCUCUGCCCUCCAGACGGGGUCUGUCGGUUAUGGGAUGUUGGUUGUCGGUCGCUUGAUUGGCGGCGUCGGCAUCGGCACUCUCUCAAUGGUCGCACCCCUCUACAUGAGCGAAGUCUCCCCACCAAACAUCCGCGGCGCACUGCUCGUGCUCGAAGAGUGGAACAUCGUCUUCGGUAUCGUCGUCGCUUACUGGAUCACCUAUGGAACCCGCUACAUCCAUUCCGAAUGGGCGUGGCGCUUCCCCUUCAUCCUGCAGAUCCUGCCCGGCCUCUUCCUCGCGGCGGGCGCCUUCUUCCUCCCCUUCUCCCCCCGCUGGCUCGCAUCCAAAGGCCGCGACGAAGAGUGCCUGGCGUCCCUCGCCAAGCUCCGCCAGCUCCCUGCCGACGACCCCCGCAUCCAGCAGGAGUUCCUCGACAUCCGCGCGGAGGUCGCCUUCCAGAAGGAGAUGGUUGAUAUCAAGCACCCGCAGCUGGCGGGCAAGCGCGGGUUCAAGGCCGACGUGGAUAGGGAAGUCGCUCUUUGGUCGGACCUGCUCAGGAGCGGGUGCUACAAGAGAACACUUGUCGGCACAGGGCUGAUGUUCUUCCAGCAGUUCGUCGGAAUCAACGCCCUGAUUUACUACUCAUCCUCGCUCUUCGAGACCCUCGGGUUGGGAUACAACACCCGGCUCACUAUGGGCGGCAUCAUGAACGUAUGUCAGCUUGUCGGCGUCACGCCCUCUUUCCUGCUCCUUGACCGCGUAGGCAGGCGGUCGCUGCUCCUAUGGGGUAGCGUCGGGAUGACUAUCUGCCACAUCAUCGUCGCCGUGCUCGUCGGUAUCUACACCGGCAAGUGGGAAGAUAACCGCGACAAAGGUUGGGUCGGUGUUGCCUUCAUCUUCGUCUACAUGGUGGUGUUCGGUCUUACGUGGGGUCCUGUUCCGUGGGCUAUGCCGGCCGAAAUCUUCCCCUCGUCGCUCCGUGCCAAGGGAGUCGCCAUCAGUGUCGUCUCGAAUUGGUUCAACAACUUUAUCAUUGGUUUGAUCACCCCGCCGCUCGUGCAGCACACAGGCAAAGGUGCUUUCAUCUUCUUCGCGGUCUUCUCAGCCGUAUCAUGGGCAUUUGUAUACUUCUUCGUUCCCGAGACUCGUCGGCGAACGCUCGAGGAAAUGGACGCCGUGUUCGGCGACCACACUGGCGCGGAUGACCAAGCUCGUCGCGAAGCAAUCGCCAAUCGCAUCAAGGAAACUCGCAGCGACGAAGUUAGCUUCGACACGAAAUGAGGAACUUCAUCUUUCACGAUACCCCCUGUACGACUUUACUGAUCAUAAUGUGCACGACGUCACGUACCUGAAAUGUCUUACCGAUGCCCAUCAAGGCAUCUUCACGAAGCAGUUCUUGGGUAAUCUUGCAUAACGUAGGAGUGUAUUAUGGGUGAUACUGGGAAAUCACGAUAUUGGUAGUGUUAUUUGUAACAGGAAAUUAAUAUAUUAGCUCGUUUGCGAAGCUCGUAUCUGGGGAAUAUCCUUCUGAUCCUCGGGAAAGUGGAUGAAUA